AUGUCUACAGUACCAUCUGAUCAUCCAUAUUACAAGGAAUUGGAGAUUGCAUCCAUAGCAGUUAUAAGAACUUCAAUUUUGACUAAGAAAUUGAGUGACUCUAUUGCUACUACUCAAAAGUCUGGAACUCACACGAAAGAUGAUAAGUCCCCUGUCACUAUUGGUGACUAUGCAUCGCAGGCUAUUAUCAACCAUGCGAUCAAGCUUAACUUUCCAGAAGACGAAAUUGUAGGUGAGGAAGAUGCAGAAGUAUUAAGAAAAGAUGAUGCAGAAGGAAAAGAUUUAAGUGCCAAAGUUUUAGAGAUUAUUUCUGAUGUGCAAUCCCAAACAAGCCAAUAUAAUGAUAGAUUAGGAAAGCUCGAAAAGGAAACUGAAAUUUAUGAUAGCAUUGACUUGGGUAAUUCCCAAGGUGGAUCAAAGGGCCGGUUUUGGGCAUUGGAUCCAAUUGAUGGUACUAAAGGGUUUUUAAGAGGUGACCAGUUUGCUGUUUGUUUAGCGUUGAUUGAGGAUGGAAAAGUCGUGUUAGGAGUUAUUGGGUGUCCAAAUUUACCAGCCACUGUAAUUUCUAAUGAAGAAAUGAGCGGUGCUAAAGGAGGUUUAUUCUCUGCUGUCAGAGGUGUGGGUUCUUUCUAUUCAAGUUUAUUUGAUAAACAAGAUUUCACCCCGUUAUCAAAGCAAGAAAGAAUUCAAAUGACUCAACAUACCUCCCCUGAGUCAUUAAAGGUUGUUGAAGGAGUGGAAAAGGGUCAUUCUUCUCACUCUACCCAAUCCCAGAUAAAAGAUAAAUUAGGCUUUAGCACUGAAACAGUUUCAAAGCAAACUAUCAACUUAGAUUCACAGGUCAAGUACUGUGUAUUGGCAAAAGGACAAGCCGAUAUAUAUUUACGUUUACCGAUUAGUGAUACUUAUCGUGAAAAGAUUUGGGACCAUGCUGCUGGAAAUAUCUUAGUCUAUGAAAGUGGUGGGCUUGUAGGAGAUAUUCAUGGUAAUGAGUUAAAUUUCGGUAACGGAAGGCACUUGAAUUCUCAAGGUGUAGUUGCAGGUAAUAAAUCAGUUUUCAAGAAAGUUAUUGAAGCUGUUACUGACGUAUUGAAAGCAUAA